AGUCCGAUCUCCUCUUCUUGAGUUUAUGGAAAGGGUUUUGCAUGUGCUAGGGAGGGGUGGUGGAUGAACUGGUGGUUGGGAAAUCUCUCUCUUCCUCCUCCGGUUUCCCUGUUGAUGGCCAUAUGAUCUGGCACGAGGAGCCUGGAGCUGCUACUGCCGUCACCAGCUGAGUUCUCUCAAGUGGAGAAGAGGAAGGGAAGGGAAAUCUUUAUACACACACACACACACACAGACAUGCAUGCACACACAUUUUCUUGCUGAUCAUCUCCACCCCAAACACAUCUGCUGCUGCUGCGGCUGCGCUGCCACCACUGCUGUUCUCCGCGAAGUGUGAGCAAGUCAAAAGUGUCUACUGUAAAGGCAGCAAGUAUUUCAAGGAGGAAGGAGAGAGCUCUGGGAAGACGCACGCACGCUGCAGAGCUGAGCAACUUCAGACAGAGUUGGCCGUCAACAAGUGCUUGGAAAGGCCAGGGCAUCGCAGUGGAGCAUCAUCCAAAGGGCGCCGAAGUCGGGACCUCCGUCCGGGUGGUGGCUGACUCCCAAAAGCCUUCCACCAUUACCUCCAAAAGCGAAGACGAUUUCUUAACCCUGGCUGCCUCCAGGCUGAGCCACAAAAAGAGGGUCAUCGGGGCCGCCAUCGGGGUGGCAAUGGUGUUGGUUCUCCUGGUGGCCAUUCCGUUGCUGGUGCACAGCUCCAAGACCACCUCCCACUAUGAGAUGCUGGGCAGCUGCCGUAUGGUCUGUGACCCUUACACGCCACAAACCCACGGGGCGGCUUCGGCAGAGGCAAGCCAGGAGUUGGCCGUCAUCUCACCGCCUCCUUAUGCAUCUGGAGAAAAAGGGGACCAAGGAAGGAAGGGCAAGUCUGGAAUCCGUGGGCCUCCUGGCCCCCCGGGGCCACCUGGUCCCCCUGGCUCACCUGGAGAUCCAGGGAGGCCGGGUCCUCCAGGGCCACCUGGUCCAGGGCCCGGGGGUUACAUGCCAUCGUUCCCUAAGAUCGCCUUUUAUGCAGGACUGCGGAAGCCACACGAAGGGUAUGAGAUCCUGCGAUUUGACGAUGUGGUGACCAAUGUGGGAAACUACUACGAACCACUGAGUGGCAAGUUUACCUGCCCUCUACCUGGUAUCUACUUCUUCACCUAUCAUGUGCUCAUGCGUGGGGGCGAUGGCAGCAGCAUGUGGGCAGACCUGAUGAAGAAUGGGCAGGUCCGUGCCAGCGCCAUCGCGCAAGACGCAGACCAGAACUACGAUUACGCCAGCAAUAGUGUGAUCCUACACUUGGACGUGGGAGAUGAAGUCUUCAUCAAGCUGGAUGGUGGGAAAGUCCACGGAGGCAACACCAACAAGUACAGCACCUUUUCUGGAUUCAUCAUCUACCCGGAUUGAGCCCUCUGGGCUCCUCAUCCCCCACCCUUUCUGCCCACCCAAACCCUUCCCCCCUCUGGGUCAGUUCAAUAUUCUUCUUGGCUUUACCAUCUCCCUGGACCCCCGGGCAUCUCUUCUAUUAGUUCCAAUCAACCGAGGACGGAACAGAGACUUUGGAGAGACUUUGGAGACCCCCUUGGGUCAAUAUGUUGUUUAGAGGGUGGGCAAAAGAUUUAAGAUGCAUGCGAAACUGGGGAGGGGGGUAGAUACAGGGUAGCAGAUUAUCAUCCUGCAUGAGGCCCUGUUCAGUAGCAGUCAUGACUCCUAGAGAGGCAAAAUCUAGGUUUGGAGUAAUAUACUCACUGCAAAGGAAAGGUUUUUUCAUGCAGUGUGAGGUCCAAAACCACUGCAGAAAGGUUGUGGGGUUCUGUUUCUAUAUCAUGUGUUCCUGACAUGAUUCCAGGGAGCAAAGACUGAGAAAGUGAACUAUUUCCUUAGUUCCCUUCCACAGGAAAAAAAAAAGGAUGUCUCUUGUAUAUAUUCCGCUGACCAACUGAUUGGUUGUCUUUGGCAGGAAUUGUUAAUGUAUAGGCUAUUAUUUAUCCAAUAGGAAAAGCCAGUGACAAGAUCCGCUGGGGGCGUGGGGUGAAAGAAUGAACAGCACACUUUCGUUUCCAGAUUGGUGUUUCCCUUUAUGAGGUUCUGCCUCCCCUGACCCCCAGAGAAUAAUCACAUUUGGGAAACACGCUGGACACCAGUGCUGUGUAUCAGUGGGAGGACAGAAUUCAAAUAAAAAUCAUGAGUGGGGUUGGGUUCCACAGUGUGAGUCCACUCCAUUCAGCAAUGAAAGAGAACUGUCCUUCCGAAGGAAUCUCCAAAUCCCACUAGAUCAAAAUAACCCUCGAUUCAACCCCAGAUUCCUCUUUUCAACCCCAGAUUCCUCCUGCCUUCUACACUGAGCCAAGUAUUAUUGAGGCUGCUCCCUAUACAAAGAUCCAGUGUUCAACUGCAUGAAUAUAUAUAGAUAUCCACAUCAUAGAGACUUUCAGCUGGAAGAGAAGAGGACCGCAAUUUAUGGGGGCCCACUAUUGCCUUUGUGUGUAAGUAUCUCACUGCGGCCGGCUGCCCAGGGGACAGUGGAAGCUGUUUCAUGCCAUGUUAUACACCUUUGUAAUGCAAAUAUUGACACACAUACACCUGCCAGCAAGGACCGUUCCCACCCCACCCACCCACCCCGUUUCAAAGCUGCCAAUUUGGAGUCAGGCAAGGAUUGCAGACCACCAUAAUUAAUCCAAAUUCAUGCGACAGCAACACCCACAGAAUAUGCACCAUCGCAACCAUAUGUCCCCCAUUCAAGACUCACUGCUGCCAUGUCCUUCCCGAAAUGAAACAGCAACCAAAAAUAAACUCCAAGUCUGGUUAUAAUAAGUUUCCGCCAGUAAAACACAGCUACAUCCCAAUAUCGCUCCACCCUUAAUAGCUCAUUACUAUGCCUAAUAUCCCCAAAGCCCUUAAACAGGACUCUGAGCACACUAUUAAAACACAACUGAAGAAUGUGCCAAUCAACUGAAGAUGCCAUCCCAAACACGGCGCAUUUGAGAUUUCAGCCGUAUCGAUUAAAGACACCAUUUCCACUAAACAAAGUGAACACAACCAUAGGUUCUCUCCAAAGUAAACCCAACAAACACUCACAUCUGAAUCUCUCAACCUACUCAGCCACUGAUACCCCAUAGGAUGGACCCAGCGCAAAAUUUCCAUUUG